GAAAACGUGGCCGUUGAGAGCGAAUGGUAGUGCCGCCAUCGGAGAAACACUGGUUUGUCAAUAAACAAGUUCUGUCAACAAUGUCGUCGCGUCGAAUCAAAGUUGCGACGUUAACGGCAAUAUUCAUCAGGAUGCAGCACGAGUACUUCAUUCGUAGCGUGAAAUUCCUGUGAGAAGCCUGCGAAUGGACAAAUGGCUUCAAGAUAGGAAGCUCUGGCUAUUCGGUAGCACGCUACCGUUGCUACCAAGGAGGUCUCGGGCACCGAGCAAAGCCAUGGAACGUUACGAACGUCUAGCACGUCUCGGCGAGGGUAGCUACGGUGUUGUCUUCCAGUGUAGGGACCGACAAACUGGAAAAUUGGUGGCUGUAAAAAAGUUUCAGCAAACCGAAGACGAUCCUCUGAUACGCAAGAUUGCGCUACGGGAGAUUCGUCUUUUGAAGAAUCUCAAGCAUCCAAACUUGGUAAAUCUUCUGGAAGUCUUCAGACGGAAGAGAAAACUACAUCUCGUGUUCGAGUACUGCGAGAACACUCUUUUGAACGAAAUGGAGAAGUAUCCUAGCGGCUGUCCGGAUCUCACAACGAGGCAGAUCACUUGGCAGAUUCUCCAAGGUAUCGCUUAUUGCCAUCGUCUCGGGUGUGUUCACAGGGACGUAAAGCCGGAGAACAUACUCAUAACCGCCGACGGUGUGGUAAAGUUGUGCGAUUUCGGAUUCGCGCGUAUGCUCAGUCCCGGUGAGAACUACACGGAAUACGUCGCGACCAGGUGGUACAGAGCGCCGGAAUUAUUGGUCGGGGACACGCAAUACGGUACACCGGUCGACGUGUGGGCAAUCGGUUGCGUGUUCGCGGAAUUAAUACGAGGUGAAGCGUUGUGGCCGGGAAAAUCCGACGUUGAUCAAUUAUACUUGAUACGAAGGACGCUGGGCGACCUCCUGCCGAGACACAUGGCUAUUUUUCAACAGAACGAAUUCUUUACUGGCAUCACUCUUCCAGCACCGCAAACGCUCACACCUCUAGAAGAUGCUCUGCCACGUGGAAAUAGCAGUCCUUUACAACUGGAUUUCCUGAAAAAAUGCUUGGACAAAGAUCCAAAUGAAAGGUGGACGUGCGAGCAGUUGUUGCGACACUCUUAUUUUGACAACUUUCAUUUCAAAAUACCGGACGCCGAAGCGGAUGAGUUCGAGAAACUUAAAAAAUAUCGGGAGCGUUCUCGAAAUACCAACUACAGCCAAAUGGUGUUACCGCAAUUACCAAAGGCUGGUCCUUCUGUUCACAGUGAAAAUCGGCCGAAGAGCUCCUCCAUACAGCAAAAUUUUGACCAUCUACCCACCAUAAGAGGCUAAUUUAAUUAAUCUCUUCUGUGAUUUUUUGUACAUAUAUUUUCUUAAGCUUUUUGAGAGUGUUCACUUUAAUUUAUAAAAUCUUUAACUUUAUAGAAGUUAUAAAAUUUGUUUUUAUACAGGGGUUAAAUACUCUGUAUUUUUUUUAUUGGCAUACAUUGUUUCUUUGACACAAAUUUGAAGAUCUUUUCUUAAAUUUAUUACAUAUAGACAUGAACAUGUACAACUCUCUCUUUCUCUCUCUCAAAAAAAAAAUAUAUGUAUUAUAUAUAAAAUAAAAAAGUUUAUAUACAAAAUAAAGGAUUUUCAUUUCUCUGUGUAUACGACGCAUAGAUCAUAGAUGAUAUGAUGUGAAAGCAAUAAGAAAACUGUGAAUAAAAGGAACAAACUUGUAUUAUUCCAUUUGUGU